AUGGAGUGCCUGAAAAACUGCUGCAAGAACUUCAUCAAAAAUAAGGAGAAGGAGCCGGAUACACAAGUGAUCACAUUGAAGAUGCCUCCUCACAAGGCAGCAGCCUCAGGACAGCAUCCAGAUGAAGGGAGAAGGGGGGUCACAGAAGACUACCUCCUAUCCAAGCUGCCCCCGGAUGGCAGAGAGGUGCCGUUUGUUCUACCGACCUUCAAAGCUUCUUACAUCCAGCCCAGAGGCCCCCGCUACCCCAAUUUACAGUCCGGAUUGCAGAGUUCGGCCCGGUCCACGUAUGCAGAGAGGAAGGCAGAGCUGUUGGGCUCCAGGCACAACUCUUACAGCCCAGAGGCGGGUUUCCAUCAGGGUCAGGUGCCUGAGCAUGUUUCCCCUGACUCGACCCGCCGUAAGACACGGAGAAACAGGGACUCCAGUCCUCAAAAUCCAAGUUGGACUUUGAAGCCCGGCCAGCAGCGACUCAGCAGCUCCAUGUUUGAUCUGUCCAACCCUCAGAGUCACCUGCAGUGCUAUGACUCUGUAUCCAGUGUCAGCAGCACGUCCUCCGUGAUGGACUCCAUUGAAAGCAGCCUGGACUCCAUCACUCUGUCAGGCGAUGAGCGAGACCUGGGGAAGGUGUGUGUCCGUCUGAACUACCAAGAGGCUCUGGAGCAGGUGUGGAUCACCCUGGUCCAGUGUUCAGACCUCAACCUUCCUCUGGAUGGGGUAGAACAGCCAAAGAUUGGAUUUAAAGGGAUCAUCACCAUCCCCAAACCAAUCCAGUUCAAGAGUUCAGUCAAGGAGUACAGUCAGGAUGCACCCUUCAUGGAGACCUUUGUGUUUGCGCUGCGUCUCCAGCAGCUGCGUUGUAGUGCUUUGGUGCUGCGGCUGCAGACACACAGCAACAGGAAGCGCACGGUGGCGGAGUGUGUAGUCUCUCUGCGACAGCUCGGCCCUCAGGAGACAGAGCACUGGCUGGACCUCAACCCUCCUUCCAAAUCCUCUGUGUGCCACUCUGAGCUGCAUCUUGCCACCUGCUUUCAGGCGGUCAACGGACGCAUUCAGCUUCAAAUUCUUGCUGCCCAAAAUCUCCCAGCAUCCUCCUCACCACUCACACAAGCUUUUUUUGUCAAGGCGGAGAUGCAUCAGUUGGGGCGGAUAGUGAUGAAGAAGAAGACUCGUGUGCUGAAGGCCUCCGGGGGUCAGUGUAAGUGGGCGGAGACGUUUCACUUCCUCCUGGCUGCUCUAGACCAGGCCUGCUCGCUGUCUGUCAAACUCUACAGCCGCAGCUCGGUUAGGAGGAAACAGUGUCUCGGACAGGUUCAUCUGGGAUUUGACAGUCCUGUCCCAGAAGCUGUGGAGCAGUGGAAGGACACGAUGGCUCACCCAGAGAAAGUGGUGGCAGUGUGGCACAGGCUGAGCACUUCCUAA